AUGAAUACAGAAAAUAAGGAGUUAAAAGAAUUAUUUAAAGCAAUAGAAAAUAUAAUUAAUAGUUACGAAAAUGAAUUGACAAUUAAAAGGAAAGAAAGUUUUGCAAAUGAAGAAUAUGCAUAUAGUUUAUGUGAUGAUUACAAAAGUAGAAAAACGAAAAAUGUUGUAAUACAUAUGUUAAAUAAAAAUAUUAAUAUAUUAUAUUGUAGUGAUGAAUACAAAAACAUAAUAUUUAUCAAUUUUUUAAGGUUAUGUCAAUUGAAUAAUUUAGAUGUGAAAAAAUAUCAUGAUAUAUUUUUAAAAUAUGAUAUUAUUUCUUCAUUUCCUAAUUUUGAAAAAUAUUUAAAUUAUUUUUUAAAACCAGUUAUAAAUAAUGAUAAAUUAUUAUGGGAUGUAAACAAGGAAUAUUUUGAAUUAUAUAACUUACAAUUCAAAAAAAAAUGCAAUAAUGAUAAUGAUAGCUAUUUUCUAUUAGAAAAUGAAGUAAAAAAUAAAUUGAAUGAACUUUUAGAAAAUUCUUCUAAUGAUAGCACCUCAAGUUUUAGUGAAGAAAAUUCUGUUUCUUCGUCUUCAUCAGAAAAAUCAUUCAUUUGUGAUAACACAAGCGAUGAUGAAAUAAUAAAUAUAAAAGCACAUAACAAUGAGAGUCUUUCAAAUUUAUUAUUAAAGAUUUCACAUAAGAAUAAUUCCAACGUUUUAGAAGAAGAAUCGUGUUUUUUAAAUAGCGGAUUAAAUAAUGAAAAAAAAGUGAUGAGGAUACCUUUUAAUAAUGAAGUAAGAGAAGAUAUGCCAUAUAAGAAUUUUAUUAUAGAAAAUAGAAAAAAAGUUGAUAAAAAAGAAAAAAAUGCCUUUUUGAACUUAAAUAAUAUUAAUUUAAAUCAUUUAGUAGAUUCAAUUGUAAGUAAAAAUAGGGAAUGUAAUUCCAUUGAUAAAAUGAUGAAGGAUAAUAUAAAUGGUUCACUAGUUGAUAAAUUUGUAAAAACAUAUGAAAAUGAACAUGAGGAAAUAAAGAAUUUGCACACAAAAAUAAAUAGUAUGGAACAAAUUAUUAAGCAUUUGAUGAAUGAGAUAAUAAAAAGAGAUUUGAAAGAUAAACAGUUGAAAGAUAAUAAGAUUAAAGGACUGAAUUUUAAUAAAAAAGAAAUAAAUAUGGAAUUAAAUAGUGAAAAAAAUGAAGAAAAAAAUGAAAUAAUAUGCAAUGAAAUAGACAAUAUAAAAAAUAUAAAUACAAAUAAUGUAAGCAACAAUGAUUCAAAGGAAAUAGAUAAAAACUAUUUCGAUAGUUACAAUUAUACCAGCAUACAUAGAACAAUGAUUUUAGAUAAAAGUAGAACCAAUUCUUACUAUGAAUUUAUAUAUAAAAAUAAAGAAAUAUUUAAAAAUAAAAUCGUUUUAGAUAUAGGAUGUGGAUCAUCUAUAAUUUCUUUGUUUUGUUCUGACCACGCAAAGAUCAUUGUUGGUAUUGAUAAUGCUGAGAAAAUUUUAAAUAAAGCAAAGAAAAUAGCAGAAAAAAACAAAGCAAACAAUAUUUUUUUAUUUAAAGGUAAAUUAGAAGAUAAUGAUAUAUAUAUAGAUGAAAAAGAACAGAUAUAUUAUUUAAGUAAAAAUAUAAACAUUGAAAAUUUUCAAAAAAUUAAUAAUGUUCAGUUAAAACUUUUAAAAUUUGAUAUUAUUAUAUCAGAAUGGAUGGGAUAUUUCUUAUUUUACGAAUGUAUGAUAAAUACUAUCUUAUAUGCUAGAGAUGUUUACUUAAAGGAAAAUGGUUAUAUAUUCCCAAAUAAAAUAUAUUUAUAUAUAUGUGGAUACAAUGAUUUAGAAUAUAUAAAUGAAAAUAUAUUAAUAUGGGACAAGCCAUUAUAUAACAAAGAUUUAUCUGAGUUAAAACCAAAUUUCAAAAAAUUCAUAGAAAACGCAAAAAUUAUAAAUGUAGAUAAAAAUAAAGUAUCUACUGAAAUAAUUAAUUAUUCUACAAUUAACUUGUACACAUAUAAAAAGGACAAUUUUUAUGUUAAUUCUGAAUUUAAAAUUCCUAUAAAAGAGGAUCAAAUAGUGACGAGUUUGUGCUUUUAUUUUGACUGCAUUUUUGAGAUCUCUACAUUUUAUGAAAAUACUUAUCAAUAUAUAUCAAAUGAAAACAAAAUGAAACCUAUAGUAAAUUCAAAUAGUACGACUAAUAUUUUAACAACAAGCAUGUUUAAAGAAAAAACUCAUUGGAAGCAAACACUUUUACAUCUACAUUGUUGUAAUAAUAUUGCUCAGAUUUUUUGUAUCGAUAAGAAACAAAGUAAUUACUUACAUGGUAACAUUUAUAUUUCCCCUCAAACAAAAAAUUCAAGAAAUAUUAAUGCAGUAUUACAUAUAAAAAAAAAUAAAUCAAUAAAUAUAAAUGAAGAAUUAAUUUGUUGUUAUUCUAUAGAUUAA